AUGGACGGAUCCACCAUCAAUCGACUCGCCGACAUGGCCGUGUUCCUCCUCUUCCUCCUCAUACUUGUUCUGUCCGUCAGCCACAUCAUGCACGCAGACGGGUCAGGAGCAGUUGCUGCCCCCAGCCUCGUCAUCGUGACGCUGCGGGGUCACGGCCCCGACGACAAGACCUCCGUGGCCGUGCAGAGACACGACCUCUCCUUCGCCGGCUUCACCAACGGGAGAGGCCAUUGGCAGGCCUUCCCAGGCUGCGAGCACCUCUUCCCUGCGUCCACGACCCUCCCGUUCGGCAACAGCUACAGCGAGCUCAUCGGCGGCCUCGACAACCUGCCCGGCGUGCCGCUUGGACGGGAGGCGAUGAUGGAGGCCUCCCGGUUGCUCUCCGCCUACCACCCGGGCGCCGACGUCGAGCCUGUCAAGCGGGCGCUGGCGGCGAUGCAGGUCAUGAUAAGCGAGGUCCAGCGGCUGGAGCCCAUCCGCAAGACAGUCCUUGAAGGAUGGGUGACCGGUGCCCGCGUUGCCCCCGAGCACCUGCCCUACAUCGAGCACUGGGACACCAUGUCCUACGAGAUCAUCCGCUCCAACCGCACAGGCAAGUGGGACGAUCCAUUCACCAAGAUGCUGGAGACCCAGGCCAACAUCCGCAGCUUGGAGGAAGCGCUCGCCGUGGUCGGACUGUUGCGGAAUGCCGACUUCCAGCAAGUGCUCAAGGCUCACGCCGCCCCUGUCAACGUGGAGUAAACAUACUUACAACAAUGCUUUUUUUUUUUGAGGGGAAUACUUACACCAAUGCUGAAACUCUAAUAGAGAUACAUGAGGAAUCACGUUACAUAACUCAAAUAAACUAACAAAUGCAUCUUUAUAUGGGAAAGUGGGAAAGACACUCGGCCUCUGUGUCAAGUGAUGCACACAACCAAUUAUUCAUUAUUCGAAAGUUCAACAUAGGAAUAUAAUAAAUUUAUGUAAAUAAAUCUCACAAAUGGCUGCCCCGAGGGCAAUUUAAAAGACAUA